UUACAAGUCGUGCUUGGUCUGAACGGUUGGAUUUGGGUUGGUAUGAAGCCGAAGCAGUCGGGCCAUAUUCAGUCCAUCAACUUCACACAGACCGAGAAAGGGUUCCAAGAAGUUGACCAGGCGUCGAGACAGGCCAUAGCCCUUCUGUGUGCAUGUAUUGAGGCUCUCGGCAGUUCUUUCUCUGAGGUAACGAUUGACUCCAUGUUGGGCGUAGUGGAUGCGGCUCGACGGAGAGGAUUGGAGGGAAAAGAUUUCUUGAUCCCUGAAGUUGCCCUGGAGUGCGCCAAUGAGGCCCGAGAAGUUGCGGCGGGCCGGAAGGUCGUGAAUGAUGACGACGGCGAUGAGAAGAUGGCUGAAGCCAGCUAA